AUGGCAUCAAUUGAUCACGACUUGAGGCAACACCUUGAAAAUGCUACUGUAUUUAAAGGCACCUCGAAAACAGUCCAGAACGAGAUCCUGGAUUGCAUGUUGGCAGUUCUGAGAGAAAGGAUCGUGGAAGAAGUAAAGGCAGCGAAGUUUUUAGCCAUUCAAGCUGAUGAAACCACUGACAUUUCUACACACUGUCAGUUAGUCAUGGUGCUAAGAUACAUUGACCAACGAAACCGUAUUCAAGAGCGUUUUUUUGAAUUCAUCAAGCUACCCAAUGCUUGUGCAGAUGCAGUAGCCAGUGCCUUAUCGGAGAGGCUGCGCUUCAUCCUCCCCCAGGGACAAGAGAGAAAGUUGAUCGCCCAGGCCUACGAUGGGGCCGCUGUAAUGAGGGGUACCACUGGAGGAGUGCAGCGUAAGAUACAGGACAUUUAUGCUAACGCUCACUACGUACAUUGUUAUGCCCAUCAGUUAAACCUGGUAAUGCAACAAGCAACCUCCCACAUCCCUCAAAUCAGUCACUUUUUUUCCGACAUAGCAGGAUUCGCUUCUUUUUUUACUAAAUCGAGCAAGAGGACUGCAGUGCUUGACGAGGUGGUGGCGCACCGACUUCCAAGUGCAUCGGCAACCCGUUGGAACUUCAACAGUCGUGCUGUGAAUACAGUGUAUGAACAUAAAGACGAUCUGGUGAGGUGUUUUCAGACCAUCCGUAACAGUGAAGGAUUUGAUGCCCCUACAAAGAGAGAUGCCGGUGGUUUCGUGAGAAUGCUGGAAGACGAAGCUUUCUGUUUUUUCCUGGCCUUGUUUCACAAGAUAAUGCCACAUGUAGACAUGCUGUAUAACCACCUACAGAAGAGAAACAUCGAUUCUGUCACCAUCGCAGGGAUCACCCAGACAUUCAUCAGCCGCAUGCAGGCUAUCAGGGAGGCACUUCCUAAUCUGGUUGUGGAUGAGGAGUACAGGGGACCUGUUCAAGACCCACCCACAAAGAGACAGAGAACAUUGGGGGAAGACAGGCAACACCAUUUGGCACUGGAGGUGUGCGACACCAUUAUGAGCCAUGCCAAGGAGAGGUUUUCUUUCACCAAGCACCUUGUCAGCGCCACUCUGUUGCAAGGAGACUUGUUCCAACAACACAGCAAAAAUUUUCCAGAUGCAGCACUACAAACCACAGUGGAAGCCUAUCCCUCAUUGGACAAAGCCAGACUUAAAACAGAACUGUCCCUGAUCUACGACAACGAGGAGUUUCAGAGUUGUAGUGGUGCGCUGGCGCUCUAUCAGGUUCUGAUGGAAAACAACCUUCAAGACACAUUCACCGAAACUGUAAGUCUUCUUAACAUCCUCAUCACCACACCAAUGACAACAUCAGAAUCGGAGAGGUGUUUCUCUACUUUAAAGAGGAUAAAAACUUUCCUGAGAAACAAUAUGGCUCAGGAUCGGCUCAACGCUCUGGCUAUGCUGUCCAUAGAGAAAAAACUCACACAAGAACUUCCUGAUUUCAACACCAGGGUCAUCGAGAAAUUUGCCACUCAGAAAGACAGACGAGCAAAGUUCUUGUACAAAUAAGAACCCUUAACCAUAUUUACUCUCUUUCUCCAUCCCUCUCUCUUUCUCUCUUUAGCCCACCCCCCCAAUCAGUUUACAGUUGUUGUUUUCAAUAGUUAUUUUUCAUUCAUUCAAAAAAAAAAAAAAUCUGUUCAUGUUCAUUUUUACAAAUCUAUACAAAUGGCCAGAAUAUGGUUGUUCAUUUUUACAAAUCUAUACAAAUGGCCAGAAUAUGGUUGUUCAUUUUAAAUUUAAAUUAAAAUUGUGUUGUUUGAUGUACUCAUUAAAUGGGUCAUUUUAGUCGAUAUCAUAAAAAUUGCCCCCCCUGAGAUUUUUUUCAGGAGCCGC